AUGUUCCCAGUGUUCACAGAAGAUGAAUUGCUAGCAAUGUCUGGUUCAGUUCUACAAGAACUAACUGCAGAGGAAAUGGAAUCAAAAUUGGUCUUUCUCAGCCGUGUGCCAACAUGGUUAUUAGAGAUGGCAAUCGCUCGUUUGAGCUAUUGUUUUCAACCGUUCGACUGCCGACAUAACAAUAGACCACUCCCCUUCACACCACUAAUCCAAUUCAUAAUCAAAAAAGAAGGCCAAGAAAAACGAAUCGAACGGUAUGCAUACACAAUGAAGCUACACGAAGCAGUUCGAAAACUGAAUGGGUUGAUUUUCGGAGGACGGAAAGCAGUUGUACAAGCUCACACUUUUCCCUUCAUUGCUGAAAGCGUUGCGCUCCGAAUUCCUCAAGGAUUGAAAAUUCGAGUACGAGAACUGAGAUUCAAAGAGAAUAUGAAUGGACGCUUCGAAGCUUUGAACAAUUUGAUCAAUGAGUUCAGUUACCCACUUGAAUCACUCUCUAUACUCAACCAGGAAGAAGACAUUGAUUACUUUUCGCACCCGGCUUUAACAAGUGCGCAGCGAAUCUAUCUGGUAGGAGCGGCACCAUUAGAUAUCGAUUUAUUAUUGAACUUGAGCAACAAAAUCGUGCACUUCAAGUACAUUUGGUCUCCAGAUUUCUCCACUGAGGAGCUUAUGACAUUCGCUCGGAAAAUAAUCACAGUGGGAUCUCCGGUUGGAGUUCAAAGAACAUUCAGAAUGUCACAUGAAGAUUCAAUCGAUAAUCUUUUGAAUCGUGUUGGUAUUCGAACAAAUAGGUGA